UAAUAAUUCAAGAAUUUUAUAAUACAGUGGAGUAGCUUAACAACUGCUUUUGUGCUUCCCAUGAUAUGUUCUCUGUAUUAAAAAAUUAUGACAUCAGCAUCCAAAGGAAUUCUCCGCCCAUUUUUAAUCGUCUGCAUUAUCCUGGGCUGCUUCAUGGCCUGUCUGCUCAUUUACAUCAAGCCUACCAACAGCUGGAUCUUCAGUCCAAUGGAGUCAGCCAGCUCAGUGCUGAAAAUGAAAAACUUCUUCUCCACCAAAACUGAUUAUUUUAAUGAAACUACUAUCCUGAUUUGGGUGUGGCCAUUUGGGCAGACCUUUGACCUUACAUCUUGCCAAGCAAUGUUCAACAUCCAAGGAUGCCAUCUCACAACAGACCGUUCUCUGUACAACAAAUCUCACGCAGUUCUGAUCCAUCACCGAGACAUCAGUUGGGAUCUGACUAAUUUACCUCAGCAGGCUAGGCCACCCUUCCAGAAAUGGAUUUGGAUGAAUUUGGAAUCACCAACUCACACGCCCCAAAAAAGUGGCAUUGAGCACCUGUUCAACUUGACUCUGACUUACCGCCGCGACUCAGAUAUCCAAGUGCCUUACGGCUUCUUGACGGUGAGCACAAACCCCUUCGUGUUUGAAGUGCCAAGCAAAGAGAAGUUAGUGUGCUGGGUUGUAAGUAACUGGAACCCUGAGCACGCCAGGGUCAAGUAUUACAAUGAGCUAAGCAAAAGCAUUGAAAUCCAUACCUAUGGGCAAGCAUUUGGAGAGUAUGUGAAUGAUAAAAAUUUGAUUCCUACCAUAUCUACUUGCAAAUUCUAUCUUUCUUUUGAAAACUCAAUCCACAAAGAUUACAUCACAGAAAAGCUGUAUAAUGCUUUUUUAGCUGGCUCUGUACCUGUUGUUCUGGGGCCAUCUAGGGAAAAUUAUGAGAAUUAUAUUCCAGCAGAUUCAUUCAUUCAUGUGGAAGAUUAUAACUCUCCCAGUGAGCUAGCCAAGUAUCUGAAAGAAGUUGACAAAAACAAUAAGUUAUACCUUAGUUACUUUAACUGGAGGAAGGAUUUCACAGUGAAUCUCCCACGAUUUUGGGAAUCACAUGCAUGCUUGGCUUGUGAUCACGUGAAAAGGCAUCAAGAAUAUAAAUCUGUUGGUAAUUUAGAGAAAUGGUUUUGGAAUUAAAGUUUUCCAUCAUUUGCACACUUGGAAAAAUUAUUUUGAUGAGCUAUCAUCCAAGUUUUGAGGAUAAGAAGAGAGACAACAUUCUGCUUUUGUGUCACAAUUUAUUUUUAUCACUCUCUCUUGGGUAACAUGUUCACUUUGAUGGAGAUUUCUGAGAGCUCAGCACUAGCAAUCACUCCCUUUGGUUUUAAAUUAUCCUGUAUAUACCUAAUUAUGUGCACUGAAAAUUAAUUUAUUCUUGCUACCAUUUGUAAACAUUGUUUUUCACAUUUUGGUAGUUGUUUGUAAUGUACAUUCAUGAUAUGAUUGUUGUUUCUACACUGGUCAGCUAUUCAAGCUAUUUGGGAGAUGAUAAUGCGCAUCUUAAAAUAUGAAAUAUUUUCACUAAAUACCAUGAUCUCUAGUUCCAAGUUUGCCUAAUAUAACAAAGGAAAGGUAUUUUUAACGGAGUUCUAACCUCUUUGACUUCAAAGUGAACAAAGUGUGUAACUGUCUCUAUUAGAUAUACUUUUUACCUGCUUACCACAUUUUUUGUGAAGGGAGAAUUAUUCAUGUAGUGAAUAAAAAAGAUAGUGAAGCUGAACUGUUUUUUUCAGGAAGGUAUUAGACUUUUCAUUUAUUUUCAUUAAGCAGUCUUACAAAUGCAAUCACUGGUUCUCAAGAUCUUAAGUGAAAUUAUUCAAGUAUUUCUAAAUAUCCAACUUGGGGGGAUUUGUAGAACUUGGGAAAUAAUCCUGACAAUACAUAAGAAUAUCUAGGAUAGUUCUCUUCCCAAUCCUUACACUUACUAUUAUAAUAAAACAAAUAAUUUCCUCAAAUAACAAAGGAAAAGAAUGUGUAUAGAUACAAAUCAUAUUUACAAGUGGUACAUUUAUGUAUAAUCUUGAAUAACAUAAAAAUUUUAAAUAUUUUUUCCAAGCCCCAAUAUUUAAAAGUUUCAUUUU